UAUUCCGAGCUUUCUGACCUGUUUGCUAUCACCUGAAUAUUUCGCUGGUGCUUCGAUACAUCGACGUUGCCCAUAAUGUCCGGAUAUGACCGAGCUCUGUCAGUGUUUAGCCCCGACGGGCAUGUCUUCCAGGUAGAAUAUGCCAUGGAAGCUGUCAAGAGAGGCACCUGCGCUGUCGGCGUAAAAGGCAAAGACGUCGUCGUGCUCGGCUGCGAGAAGCGCUCGGCCCUCAAGCUCCAAGAUACCCGCAUCACACCGUCGAAGAUCGCCAAGGUCGACAACCACGCCGUGCUGGCCUUUGCCGGCCUGAACGCCGACGCCCGCAUCCUGAUCGACAAGGCCCGCUUAGAAGCCCAGUCGCACCGGCUGACGGUCGAAGACCCCGCGUCCAUCGAAUACAUCACGAAGUACAUUGCGGGGGUGCAGCAGCGGUACACGCAGAGUGGAGGCGUGCGGCCUUUUGGUAUCAGCACGUUGGUGGUGGGGUUCGAUCCGAAUGAUGGCGUGCCGAGGUUAUAUCAGACUGAGCCGUCGGGGAUCUAUUCUGCUUGGAAAGCGAAUGCUAUUGGCCGGUCUAGCAAGACCGUCCGCGAGUUCCUCGAACGCAACCACCAGGAUGACAUGGACCGCGAGCAGACGAUCCAGCUGACGAUCAAGUCGCUGCUGGAGGUCGUGCAGACGGGCGCCAAGAACAUCGAGGUGGCCAUCAUGGCGCCCGGCCAGACGAUCGAGAUGUUGCCGGAUGACCAGAUCGAGUCCUACGUCAAGAGCAUAGAGACGGAGAAGCAGGAGGAGGCCGCCAAGAAGAAGACCGGUCGGUCGGGCACCACCACGGCUGCCAUCCUAACGCGCCCCGGUGGCGGUGAGGGCAGCGAGGCUCGGGAGUAGGCUUGUUAUGGGGGAUGAUGAUGUUGACUAGUUAGUUAAUUAGAUUAAGCUAUGUGGGCUACGUUGAACAUGCUAUUUCUUUC